CACAGGGAGGAGGGAGGGCGUGCCAUCGUGGGAGAGGUCUGCUUCUCCACACUAGACUCCCACCAUCCCUCCGAGCUGGAGGAACAACCAGGACCCUGUGUGCGGAUUCUCGGAUAGAUAACAGCGCAACACAGCCGGGAAGAUGGAUGUUCUGUUUCCUGUGGUUCUUCUUUGCACUGCGAGUGUCCUCAGCGGAGCAUCAGCCGCGUCUCACUAUAAUUGCAAUGGUCCUCUCACAUCAGCAUUACCACACUCAUCGUUUCAGAGCUCAUCUCAGUCCUCGGCCAGUUAUUCUGCCUUCUACGCCAAGCUCAACAGGAGAGAUGAAGCAGGAGGUUGGUCUCCAAUGGUAACAGACCAAGACCCCUGGCUCCAAGUGGACCUCCGGGAACAGAUGGAGGUGACGGCUGUGGCUACACAGGGACGCUACGACAGCUCGGACUGGGUCAGCAGUUACCUACUGCUCUACAGCGACACAGGUCGCAUCUGGAAGCAGUAUAGGCAUGAAGAUGGCUUGGAGAGGUUUGAUGGGAAUGUGAAUUCAGAGACGGUUGUCCAGAACAAGCUGUCCCACCCGGUGAAGACACGUUUCCUGCGUUUUGUCCCUAUUGACUGGAACCCCAGCGGGUGGAUGGGCCUGAGAGUGGAGGUGUUCGGAUGUUCCUACAAAUCGUAUGUGGCUGAUUUUGAUGGCAGAAGCUCUCUGCUGUAUCGGUUCAACCAGAAGUCCAUGUCAACAGUGAAGGAUGUUAUUUCUCUGCGCUUCAAGAGCCACCAGGCUGAGGGGGUCUUACUGCAUGGAGAGGGGCAGAGAGGAGACUACAUCACACUGGAGCUGCACCGAGGAAAACUGGAUCUCUAUCUCAACUUAGAUGAUAGCAGGUCAAGGUUCAGCAGCCGCCGUGUUCCAGUUACUGUGGGCAGCCUGCUGGAUGACCAGCACUGGCACUCUGCUCACAUCGAGCGCUUCAACAGGCAGGUCAACCUCACUGUAGACGCCCACACACAGCACUUCCAAACCAAAGGGGAAGGACAGUCUCUGGAGGUGGACUACGAGCUGAGCUUUGGUGGCAUUCCUCUGCCUGGGAAACCUGGCACCUUCCUCAGGAAGAACUUCCAUGGCUGCAUAGAAAACCUCUACUAUAACGGAAUCAACAUCAUAGACCUGGCUAAGAGACGCAAGCCACAGAUACACAGUGUGGGCAACGUGACCUUCUCAUGUUCGCCGCCCCAGCUGGUGGCUUGCACCUUCCUGAGCUCCAGCAGCAGCUUCCUGUCGCUCCCGUCUGCUGCUCCCCCCACCGGGGAAUUCACUGUUCGCUUUCAGUUCAGGACCUGGAACCCCGACGGGCUUCUGCUCUCGGUGCAGCUAAACCCCAGCCCACAGAAACUGGAGCUGCAGAUCAGCAACAGCUGGCUUCAUUUGACUCUCCACAGCACAGGGCGACAGAGAUCAGAGGUUUCUGCUGGUCGCAGAGUCAACGACGGACUGUGGCACACAGUGAGUCUUGCCAGCAGGAAUCUGCAGAUCACUCUGAGUGUGGAUGGUGAGCCUUCAUCCAACGUUGAGCUUUGGGAACCAGUGGAAUCAAGAGGCAGCUUCUACUUUGGAGGCUGUCCACCCACAGAGUGUCACAUCCAAGCUCCUGCCUUCCAGGGGUGCAUGCAGCUUAUAUCCAUCAACAAUCACCUGGUGAAUCUCAGUCAUGUGCAGCAAGGAUUGCUAGGAAAUUAUAAUGAGCUCCAGUUUGACACAUGCAAUAUGAAAGACAGGUGCCUGCCCAACCUCUGCGAACACGGCGCCCGCUGCUCCCAGACGUGGAGCUCUUUCUCCUGCGACUGUUCGGGAACUGGAUACUCCGGAGCCACGUGUCACAACUCUAUCCACGAGUCAUCCUGCGAGGCCUACAAGCUGAGCGGCAGCUCCUCAGGCUUCUACUUCAUCGAUCCAGAUGGGAGUGGUCCCCUGGGGCCCACACAGGUAUACUGCAACAUGACAGAAAAGAAAGUAUGGAUGGUGUUGUCCCACAACAACUCAGCUCCAGUAAAAGUUCAGAACUCCUCUCCCCAGAAGCCUUACAUCAUGAAGUUCAGCUACAACGCAUCUGCCGACCAACUUCGCGCCAUCGUGACUGGAGCAGAGCAGUGCCAACAGGAAGUAGUUUACAACUGCAGGAAGUCACGUCUCUUCAAUACAAAGGAUGGAAGCCCGCUGUCCUGGUGGCUGGAUCGCCAGGGAGACAAAAGGAGUUACUGGGGGGGCUUCCUGCCUGGAGUGCAGCAGUGCUCCUGCAGCCUGGAGGAGAACUGCAUGGACAUGAAUUACUUCUGCAACUGUGACGCUGACACAGACUCAUGGACUAAUGACACAGGCAUCCUCUCCUACAAAGACCACCUUCCAGUGAGUCAGAUUGUGAUCGGAGACACCAACAGGACUGGAUCGCAGGCUGUCUACCAUGUCGGCUCUCUGCGUUGUUAUGGAGACAAGUCUAUAUGGAACGCAGCGUCUUUCUACCAGGAGUCCUCCUACCUGUACUUCCCCACCCUGCAGGCGGAGUUAGCCUCAGAUAUCUCCUUUUACUUCAAGACCAGCUCUCCCUCAGGAGUGUUUCUGGAGAACCAGGGCCUGAAGGACUUCAUCAGGGUGGAGCUGAGCUCUCCAACAGUGGUGACUUUCUCCUUUGAUGUGGGCAACGGUCCGGCAGUCCUGUCCGUAAAGUCCCACCUCCCUCUGAAUGACAGACAAUGGCACUAUGUGAGGGCAGAGCGGAAUGUGAAGGAGGCCUCCCUGCAGGUUGACCAGCUGCCCCUUCGCCUCCUGCAGGCUCCAGCUGAUGGACACCUCCGCCUCCGGCUCAGCAGCCAGCUGUUUGUGGGGGGAACAGCAUCCCAGCAGAGAGGCUUCUUGGGCUGCAUCAGGUCUCUUAUGGUCAAUGGCAUGACCUUUGACCUGGAGGAGAGGGCUAAGAUGACCCCUGGGGUGAGUUCUGGCUGUCCAGGGUACUGCAGUGGCUCCAGCAAUCUUUGUCACAACCGAGGCCGCUGCAUCGAGAAGAGCAACGGUUACAUCUGCGACUGCUCACAGUCUGCAUAUGGAGGAGCCACCUGCAACCAAGAGGUGUCUGUGUCCUUUGACAGAGAUUCUUCAGUGACCUACACCUUCCAGGAGCCCUUUUCAGUGAUGCAGAACAGAAGCUCUCAAGCUUCCAGUGCAUUCACUGAGAGCAGGGCCAGAGAGGACAUGGCCUUCAGCUUCGUUACCUCCCAGAGGCCGGCCAUGCUGCUGACCGUCAGCACCUUCACUCAGCAGUACAUUACCACCAUCCUGGCCAGAAAUGGAAGCCUUCAGAUCUGGUAUCAUCUUCAGACAGACAGAAGUCCAGAUGUGUUCAAUCCUACCCCCAAAAAUCUGGCAGAUGGGCGUCUCCAUCGAAUCAGAAUCCACAGAGUUGGCAAAAACCUUUAUGUGCAGAUCGACCAGGACAUCCACAGAAAGUACACACUGUCAUCUGAUGCAGAGCUGAUCUUAAUCAGAUCCUUGACGCUGGGCAAAGUCAUCAGGAUGGACAGCUUUGGUGAAGAGGUGACGAAAGCUGCUUCCAAAGGUUUCGUCGGCUGUCUCUCCUCAGUGCAGUUCAACCAUGUUGCUCCACUCAAGGCAGCACUGACCAAUCGGGGAAGCUCCCUCAUCACUAUUCGUGGCCCUUUGGUCCAAUCAAAUUGUGGAGCUUUGGCUGAAUCCACCUCACAUGUUCUGCAAGAUCAAGCUGCAAAUGAAGAUAAGGAGCAGCACGACAGCAACGCCCAGAAGGAUUUGGCUGUAAUAGCAGGUGUGGUCACAGCGGUCGUCUUCAUUGCUGUGUGUGCUCUGGCUGUGAUAAGCCGCCUCCUCUAUCAGCAGCGGCGAGCGAAGAGGAGCAGCAGCAUGAAAGAGGAGCACAGACACAGCACGUACACAGACUACAGGACUGAGCUGCACCUCCACAACUCUGUCAGGGACAACGUGAAGGAGUACUACAUCUGAGCGGAGUGUGCAGCCUGUACCACAAACGUACCUCUCUCUGACAAAGGACUUCAUAGGUGGACACACUGCUGCAGGAUUGACCCAUCCCAGUGCCCUGGAAGCUCCCAGGAACACUGCAAACACCUGCAGCCUGCCGUCCGCCCUCUCAAUGCUCCUCUACAAGCUAGUGGCUGAAUCUUUGCAGCAGUUAGUGUAUUUGAUGUUGGUGAAAUUGUCAGAAUCAAGCUGCUGUGAUUUCUGUCAUUGAAACUGUGUAAAGCAUAAGAUGAAUGUCCUUCAGGACUUGACAGAAGGAUGGUGUGAACACAGGGAGCAGAAGCUGCUGUCCAUCCUAAACGAACACAACUCGACCUGUUCUGUGUGAAAUUCUGGCUUACUCCCAGGACAGGCGACGCACUGAGCUGGACAUGCAGAUGAGAAGCUGGAGAUCAGGCCUGUAAGAUAUGCGUGCAUUCGCUGCUGUAAUUGUUUUUCUUUUUUUUCCCAGUGGUGGUGAAUGUUGUAGAAAAAACAGGGACAAAACUGCCUAAACAGUAUGAGUGCCUAAUUUGCAUAUACCUUUUUGUUUUCAACAUUUUAGAGAUUUUCUUUUCAUAGAUAUGCACCAAUGCAGUCACAUUUGCAUUUAAUAGGAGUCUAUUGUCAUUUAGGUGUGUGACCAACACAGUAAACGCUGAGUCUCCCAGCCAUAAGCAUCCUCUGUUUCCUGAACCCAAGCCGGGGGAGACUGUUUCUCUUACUGAGGGGUUUUCCAUUCCUCCAGAGAAACGACACAGGAGCUAACAAACCAGAAAAUUUCUAAAUCUGUAACUGGAUGGAGACCCGAUGCCUCAUUUAUCAAACUCAGAAAGGGCUAAUUAUAUGCAGAGAUGUGGGAGCAAGCAUGGCUUUGUGAAACUUUCUUUUAUUGAAUAUUAAAUGGAUAGACAUCACUCUCCAAUUUUAUUUAUUUUUAAAGAAACAAAAUUAAUCUCAUUGCACCUUAUGUUAGAAAAGCCCACAUCCAAUCCUUCCACAGACAGAGAAGUUAUUUUGCUCACACCUGGGUUACAAGUCAAACUGCAUCCAUUUAUUAGUUUUAUUAGAGCUAAGUUUUCAAUCAUUAAAUUUUAAAGACACAUAACACAGCUUUAUGUGACUUUCUGAGUUAAAUAAAGGUAAAACACACUGAUCCAGGUACUGGACUUUGUGGUACUCCACAAUUGACUGGUGUAUGAGAAAUGAUUCACAUAAUCAAACUGUUAUGCAUAUUUAACCAUUCUAGUUCUGAUAAAUGACCAAGUCUGGUUGAAACACUUUGAUUUUAGAAAUAACUUAAAGGAAAUAACAAAACCUGGUUGUUUCAGUCAGAUUCUGAUUGGGUUGGGAUGCAAACUUCCACAUGAGAAGCUGCAGACUUAAUGUUCUGACAGUGUGAGCUGCAGCAUAUAGAGAGUGCCAUCCCUGUCCGGAAUGUUCCGGCGCUCCUGUCAGGAGCCCCCUGCACCAUGAAGCUGCACUCUCUGACCUUCAGGUGGCGUGCUGAGCUGUCACACUGCACACUAAAGCUGGGGUUUGUAAUUAGCCCUGCACUGGACAGGUAGUCAGAAUAACGAUGAAACCUUUUCACAGGUUCAUGUAGCAGUCAGGAGUCUGGAGGCAGCACUGCCAGUUGAAAGCAAUCCUUCACCAUGGCAUGGAAUGGAUGUUGUAAUUCAGUCCAGGAGCAAUAAACAUGUUAGAGGUCUUCUGACGAUUAUUACCAGGAACAAAAGUGAUGACCUUUACUUUCAGGUUACACACAGUCACCAGGUGCUCAAGAGGGACAUGGAUUGACUGUGGGGGGAAGACAAGCCAGUGGCCAGAGGAGGAUGUUCUGUGAACUGUUCCACAAAGAAACCUGCAAUUCAGGAAGAUGUUUUUUUGGCAGGACCUACCAGAACAUAGUAUCAUCAUUAAUGGAGAAGCCAUUUCCUAAAAUCAAUAACUUCUUUCUGCAGAAUGUAAUAAAAAUCCUGAGUCAGAAGCACAGUAGUGCAAGAAUUUAAAAACAGCCAAAAAAGGCUUGAAAAAACUUCUUCCUUCAUACAUCUUAUUGUAAUUAGCAGCCUACCUGUUGUCAGGAGCCCGGGAGCAAACCUCCAUGCAGAUUGGAACACAUGAAUCCUGAUCUGUGUCUAGAAACAUGGGACAGUUUCCACGCUGUGCACAGGGAUGUUUGAUAAAUGAGGCUUCAUUAUUCUCUGCAAGUUCUAAGGCUCGUCUGUAGGAGCUGUAGCACAAGCAUUCUAAAACUAACUGUUUAAAGUUGCAGAAAUAAGACGUGAAUGUAAAGUGGCAUUGUAUUAAUAAUAAGUAUAGUUGUGAUGUGCACAGAAAAAGUAGUAAGCUCUGCAGGAAACCAGGAGCCGCUCACAGCCUCUAAGCGUGAAGGAUGUGGUGUCGGAUGCUUUGGGUGACGCAAAUGAAUAGAAUUUAAAAUAACCAGCAGCAAAAAUAACAACAUCCAACUUUUGUAAUGACUUGCAUUAGAGGGAGAUGACACACUGCAGUUUAUCCGGGAGUUUCUGGCUAUGCACAGGUUUAAUUUGUCUCUUACUUCACAAUGCAAAUCAUCAAAGCCAGAGCUUUCUGCAACCUGCAAAACAGCCAAUCUGCUCUGAGUGACCGACACCAAGUGGUGGAAUGUUUCUAGUUUUCCAGUGUGUCUCAAGUAUAUUCAAUCUUUUUCCCUAAAUGAUACACUGGUAGAAUAUGUGCACACAAUCUAAAAAAAAAAGCCCAUCUGCACCAGGACAUGUGAUGCACAGGGCACAUUUAAAGCAACAUUAAAGCUUGGAUGGCAACUGCAUUACUUUUUAUAGACGUAUGCUUUGGGAGGGCAGGAAAAAGUUCUGAUGCCAGAGGAAAAGGAUGUUACCCAAAUUUUAAAACUCAGCUUGUCUGGUUCCUCUCAUUACCGCACUGCUCUUUGGGAGUAUGACAGUCUUUGUCAGCAUCAGCUAUGCUUUCAGCUCACCAGGCUAAAUAAAGGUUAAUCCCAAAGAAAAGCUAAAUUUACAUGCUGACACGAAUGCAACAACCUCUGUUAUUUUAGCAUCUUUAAGACAUUUUAAAUCAUCUUCUGGGGAUUCUAAAUGUUGGUACAAACACUUGGGGAGGAUGGGUUUAAGUUUUUGGACCAAUGCACUGGUGGACUGGAGCUCCAUAAUGGCUUAGGUUGAAGUAAAUGGGGUUGAGAAAAACAAGACAAGCAUGAUGAGUCUGCAGCCACUGGAUCUCCCUGUGCAUGUCCCACAAGUAUCCCUCAAAGAUGUGAUAGUGUGCAGAUUUCCUGUAACAGUGAAUGAACACAUACCUCUGAGUGUUUAGGUUAUAUUGCAAUGGGUAAUACAUGUGGUCACUUCUUAAUGAUUUGUAUAGCUGCAGUUUUAUUAAGGAUCUACUGUAUAGAUGUAUAAUUUAAUAA